GACCCCUGAAGUGCAGAGGUCAACCAUGUUCUCGGUACGAAACACCUGCGCUAUGUAACAAGGCUCCUGAUUGGCUGUUACAAAACACCUGAGGUAUGUAACCUCUUUCAUGAUUAGUUGUUCGUAAAUAGUGACGACCAUUCACAACACAGCGAUUUUGCAGUCGAAUGUUGCCCAAACCGUUAUGUUGACCUUGUUGUGGGUAUCGAACAGUUGCCUACAGGUAAAUAUGACCGUAUCUAAAUCUCAGACUGAGGUAAACAGGCUAUAUGUUUGACCAAUACGAGAGGUGCUUGUAUCAAGAGACAGGUUGUUGUUGACGCACACCUCCAAUCACUUCCGACAUUGGUAACUUAGGAGGGUCCUACGCUUAAGAGGUGAUGUGUUAAGUGCCACCCGACCACCAUGGCUCUACUAUCCCCACGUAACGUUCUGUACCAUAAAAUCUCCGAGAACCUUACACGAGAAGAGGUCCGAAGUCUCCGGUCACUGGUCACCUUGGACGGACAUCUACCACGAGGGAAAAUCCAAGACGCGUCUGCCCAGGACAUUUUCAUCAUGUUGGAACAGAAACUCAUCCUUAGCAAGGGAAACCUGGGUUUCCUAGUGGAUAUAUUGACACAGCUAAGCCACAGAAGGUUGGCAGACGAAGUCAGGGAGGUAGAACGAAAAGAGAGGCGAGAAUUAGAAGGAAACUCGGAUACUCCAAGGCCUGGGCCAAGUGGAACCAAAGUUCAAACCACUCAAGCAACCAGACCACGGCCUGUCUUCAUCAGCUACUGCUCGGAUCCUUACAUCGACAAGAAACGAACGAAAGAAGACAUAAAGAAACACGUGAAGCUUCAGAAAGACCGAGUGAAGGCACUCAGCGACGAACUACGCAGAAACGGAGUAGAGAGUAUGCUAGAUCAAUACGAGGAUCACAGUCCACCAGCCUUCUGGACCAAAUGGACGGAAGAACAGAUAGAAAAAUCGGACUAUGUGUUGAUGGUGUGCACGCCAAACUAUCUAGAAUGUAUCAGAGGUAGAAGAAAUGAAGAAACAACUACAGAAAGUGGCGCUAGAUUUCAGGGCAUGCUUUUCUAUAGUCAGUUGGCGGAUUCGAAGAGUCAUGGCAAAUUUCUGCCCGUGUUUUUCGAUAAUGUCGACAGAAGUCUUGUACCAACAUGUUUGAAAGGUGCUCACUUCUACGGUCCUUUGGGAGAAAGUCCAAAAUAUGGUCAAGAGAAGUUUGACCAACUGUUAUGUAAGAUAGUCGGAAGGAUUCCAAAACAUAAAAUCCCUCCUCCAAUAGGAAAGGUGCCAACAAAGUUUAAAUCUCGCAAGAAAGAAACUUAGGUGCAGCUAGACAAAGCUGUCUUAGGCUAGUUUGCUUCCAUAUGUCUUGAAUGUGUCCAGAGUCAUAAUCAAAACAUUUUCAUUUUAAUUGGUGAUGCAUUCAACUUUAUGUUAGGUUUAUAUUUGUUGUUGUGAUUUUGUUAAUAGUUACUACCUUCGCCAAGGAGGUUAUGUUUUUUAACCAUGUGCCUGUCUCUGUGUGUGCCUUCAUUGUUAAGAUAAGA